AUGGGUCAAAUGAUUGCACAAAUCUACAGUGCAUCAUCAACAGUUAUAUCUGUCAUGGGCCCACAAAUACAAUUAACACCAUUUUGGACACAUAUUGCUCAAACAUGGUCAUCAACAAAUGGACUACGUCUUUAUAUCAAUGGCUAUUUAUAUACAAGUGUUACUGCGACAACCUCCACAGCGGGUAGUGCACAAAAUUAUGUUACAUUGGGUACUGUAUUAAGUGGUAGUGGUUGUUCGACCGGUUCAAUUAGUAUUUCACAAUAUUAUGGUGCCAUAGAUGAUUUUCGUAUAUAUAGUAGAGAAUUAACAGCGACAGAAAUAUGUCAGUUGGCCAAUCCAUAG